UGACAAUGCAAAAGCCUAUAGGGUAAAUAACUUUUUGCCCAAAGUUUAUCCCAUCCUUAAUAUCCGCCGCUUAUAUAAAACGCGACAUAGGGUAAUCUUUAUUGUUGCCCCUCCAACGUCGAAAACCCCGAACCCUAGCGCAUCCACUAUCUUAGAUCUGUAAAAUUUGAAGCUUCUAAUGGGUUCUAAGCGGUCGGAUUUCGGUGAUGGCGCUAGCCCCGGGAAGAUUUUCAUCGGGGGUCUGGCUAAAGACACUACUUUAGAUACGUUUGUGAAGUAUUUUGGCAAGUAUGGGGAGAUAACGGACUCGGUAAUAAUGAAGGAUAGACACACUGGUCGACCUCGGGGUUUUGGUUUCAUAACUUAUGCCGACCCUGCUGUUGUUGACACGGUUAUAGCUGAAACACAUGUCAUUAAUGGAAAACAGGUUGAGAUUAAAAGGACUAUUCCUAAGGGGUCUGGUGAUUCAAAGGAUUUCAAAACAAAAAAGAUUUUUGUCGGUGGCAUCCCAACCCCUGUUUCAGAAGAUGAGUUCAAGGGUUUCUUCUCAAAGUAUGGGAAAGUGGUUGAACACGAGAUUAUUCGAGAUCAUGUUACCAAGAGGUCUCGUGGCUUUGGAUUCAUCGUCUUCGACAAUGAACAAGUCGUUGAUAGUAUCCUAGCUGAUGGAAAUAUGAUUGAUAUGAAUGGUGCCCAGGUUGAGAUCAAGAAGGCCGAACCAAAGAAACCCUCAAACCCAACACCUGCUCCUCCUGCAUACGCUAGUGAAUAUAGGGGACGCGCAUCGUAUGCGGAUAGUUACAGUGGUUUUGGCAGCUCCUAUAAUGGGCUUGGCAGUGCUAGUUUCGGCCCGACAUCCUAUAGGUCAAUUGGAUCGGGCUUGAGUGGUAGGUUCAGUGACUUUGGAUAUGGUGGCCCGAGUGAAUACACUGGCAGAUAUGGGGAUUAUGGGAGUAGUGAGUUUGGUUAUCGAGGGGAGGGCCCGCUUAGCUAUACGGGCCGAUUUAGUUCUUAUGGUGGGGGGUAUGGUGGUGGGCCCGGAGCCUAUGCCCGUGGUGGAGGUGGUGGAGGUUAUGGGGGUUAUAGUGCGGGGUCAGGUGCAGGGUAUGAUUCUGGACCUGGCUCGGGUUCUGGCUCGAGUUAUGGUGGAGUUGGAGGUGGGAUGUAUGGAGGUAGUAGAGCCUCAGGCUAUAGUGGGAGUAGUCGUUAUCAUCCAUAUGCCAGGUAGAUGAUGGGGUCUUUUAUCUAUAAGCAUAUCUAUCUAGGAGUUCUAUCAUGUCUCUUUGUUAUUGCUUGGCUCUCAGUUGACUAGAUUUUCCAAGUUACUAGCAAGGAUGAUGAUCUCUAGAAGAGGCCUGAAGAAGAACCCCCUAGAUUUCAGCUGAUUUUUUUUUUUUUUGGUUUACUUUAAGAAGUCUUAUUAUUAUAAGUGUGUUUCUAGUUUUCUAUGAGAUCCCUUUAGAGAACCGUGUUUUAGAUGUUUGUCUAUUCUUAAGAUUUAAGAUUUCGUAUUCCUGUAAGACUCGUGUUUUUGGAUCCAUGCCAGUGUAGGAUUCCCAUUUGAGACUUGAAGUUCUUGUCUUGCUUUGUUUCGUCAUGUUUCACUUUAGCUGUUGCCUUGAUGGUUUUGCACCUACUAGUUGAUUGUUUGAAUGCCCAGGGUAUCUAAGUUUUUUUUGCAGUUAGAAAGAUUUAAUUCUUAAUGCUUUGGUCAGUGUUCAAAUUAGCUUUUUAUCUGAUUUACUAGUAUCUGAAUUAGAUUAAUCUCAACUGGAUGAGCUUCAGAAUACAUGUUAAUUUAAGGGCUCAAAUCAAGGUAGUAGUUUGGUAGAGUUUUUGGAUAUAUAUUAUGUUUUGAGGUAUGUUAUGUUCAGGAGCCAUUGAAAAGAUUCAAUGUUUUGAAUCUCAUGAUUUUGUGUGGUCAGACUUCCAGUUUUAGCUCUGCUGGGGAUCUGGAACACUUGGUGUUAAUAUGUUAUUGUUAUGUUAUGAUGAUAUUAUAUGGUUUUUAACCUGAAGUUUAUGGAAGAGAGUUGUAUUAUCAUGUUCAGUUGUAAAACAUGUGAAUGUUAGUUCAAUGAAUGGUCUUUUGUUUUUAGCAUGUUUGGGAGAAGUGGAAGUUGUGAUAUAUUGGCAAACUUGAUAAUUUGCUUAAACCAAAAAUAUUGAAUUAUUGAUUUAUUGAAUAUAAAG